GCUUCAGUUCGGUGUUUACAUUUCCAGCGUCAAGAUGUCUAUAAUGCAACUGGGUCUCUUCCUGUGCGUCCUGUGGGUUGUGUCAGCUCGUCAGGAUGUUGGAUCUCCUCAGUGUCAAGAGAUUGGAGAACGUUGUCAGACCCACGCGGAGUGCUGCUCGCACAAGUGCAUGACCUACCUCAGUACCUGUGCCAAGAAGAUAGAUGACCGCACUCCCAUUUCCCAGACGCCUGGCUUCAAUGGAAUCUUUGAUACUGAUUUGAAGGCGCCAGUUGAUCAGGUCCAAGUCGUUGGACUCUCUGAUUUGCCAAGUCCAUCGAAGGAGGUCUAUAUUAUCAAGUCACCGCCUAAAGCUGAUACGCCACAGUGCCAGAAUGUUGGAGGCCCGUGUAACAGCAGCACGGACUGUUGUAAUUUGCGCUGUCACUUCUACAGGCACAGGUGUGUCACUUGAGCAGUUAUUAGUUGACAAUAAGGAAAUAUGACUAACCAUCUAAUUACCAAAUUGCAAAGUAUUAUU